AGAGGCCGCCAGGGCUGAGUGGGAUCACACAGGAUCCGGAGCUGGUGCUGAUAACAGCGGAAUUCCCCCUUUACCUCUCUCCUUGGUCCUGGAAUAACUCUACUGCUCACCAAGUAGCCAUAAAAUAUUAUAAUAAACCCUCAGCAUUUGUUCAGUAGUUUUGUGAAAGUCUCAAAUAAAGGAGACAUAAACAAAGAAUUUUAUGUGAAGGAGUCAAAAUAUAUAAUUCUCUAGGGAUUUAAAAAAAACAAAAACGAAAAUGCCAGCUGAUAUAAUGGAGAAAAAUUCCUCGUCCCCGGUGGCUGCCACCCCAGCCAGUGUCAACACGACACCGGAUAAACCAAAGACAGCAUCUGAGCACAGAAAGUCAUCAAAGCCUAUCAUGGAGAAAAGACGAAGAGCAAGAAUAAAUGAAAGUCUGAGCCAGCUGAAAACACUCAUUUUGGAUGCUCUUAAGAAAGAUAGUUCGCGGCAUUCCAAGCUCGAGAAGGCGGACAUCCUGGAAAUGACAGUGAAGCACCUCCGGAACCUGCAGCGGGCGCAGAUGACGGCCGCGCUAAGCACAGACCCGAGCGUAUUGGGGAAGUACCGCGCCGGCUUCAGUGAGUGCAUGAACGAGGUGACCCGCUUCCUGUCCACGUGCGAGGGCGUUAACACCGAGGUGCGCACCCGGCUGCUCGGCCACCUGGCCAACUGCAUGACCCAGAUCAACGCCAUGACCUACCCUGGGCAGCCGCACCCCGCCUUGCAGGCGCCGCCGCCGCCCCCGCCAGGCCCCGGGGGCCCCCAGCACGCGCCAUUCGCGCCGCCGCCGCUAGUGCCCAUCCCCGGGGGUGCGGCGCCCCCUCCCGGCGGCGCUCCCUGCAAGCUGGGAAGCCCGGCCGGCGAGGCGGCCAAGGUAUUCGGCGGCUUCCAGGUUGUGCCGGCUCCUGACGGCCAGUUUGCUUUCCUCAUCCCCAACGGGGCCUUUGCUCACAGCGGCCCGGUCAUCCCCGUCUACACGAGCAACAGCGGGACCUCCGUGGGCCCCAAUGCAGUGUCGCCUUCCAGCGGCCCCUCGCUCACGGCCGACUCCAUGUGGAGGCCGUGGCGGAACUGAGCGGCUCAGACCACCCCUCCCCCUAAACUCCCCAACCCACCUUUUUUCCCUCCGGACACUAAACAGGGACUUGGACCUUGGGAGAGAAGACGACUUUCAUGAUUAAGUGGUUACUUCGGUUUUUUAAUUUCUAAAAGGUUACUUUUUUGUAGAGAGCUGUUUUAAGUGGCUGACCAUGCACUAUAUUUGUAUAUAUUUUAUAUGUUCAUAUUGGAUUGCGCCUUUGUAUUAUAAAAGUUAAGAUGACAUUUCGUUUUUUACACGAGAUUUCUUUUUUAUGUGAUGCCAAAGAUGUUUGAAGAUGCUCUUAAAAUGUCUUCCUUUUGGGAAGUUUAUUUGAGAAAAUAUAAUAAAAGAAAAAAGAGUGCAGGUUUUUUUGUCUUAGAAUUGACUAUUUCAGAAUAUGUAAAGAGGCCCUAGGCAGAAUUUGAAUUACAUGUAAUCUGGGUUUUUUUUUAAUGUAAUCGGCUCUUUUGUUAUUAAAAACAACUUUUUAUAAAAAUCUUAUCAAACCUCUUACCAAUCCUCCAUGAGCUAGAAGACUCAAUUCCACUGAAUUUACAAGAACUCACGAGAUAUGGCUUCUCUGAUCAAUUCGUGGUUUCUUCAAGGAUAUACAUUUUUUAAAGUUGCAGCUGAGCAAGUCAGUUCAGCCCUGGCUCUCACACUAGCUCCUUCUGAGGAAGGCCAAGUGCCACUGAGUUCAUGGUCCACUGCACGUUAAGGGUGGCACCUGGUGGCGCAGUGGCUAAGAACUCAGGCUGCUAAUCAAAAGGUAGGCGGUUGGAAUCCAUCAGCCACUCCUUGGAAACCCUGUGGGGCAAUUGUACUCGGUCCUAAAGGGUCGCUGUCAGAACCGACUCCAUGGCAAUGGGUCUGCAGCGCUACUGCCUCGGGUAGCUUACCAAUAUCCAAAGUAAAAACACUCUACCGCAGCCUCCCGGGUCGGGGACUUCAUUAAUUAGUUCACCCUUUAAUGGCAGCUCCCUUGCACAGGCAUCCGAAAGUCUGAAAUGCCUCUCUGCACCCUCUUCAAGCAAGCUGAGAAGGUCAACAGAUUCCUUCUGCCAAGGGACAGCUAGUUAGACUCCCAAGUGGAGCCGGAACCCAGAUGAUUAACACCAGACAUGUGUUUUUGAUAAGUUUCUGUGCUUGGCUCUAAUAGAGAAAGCAUGUGGGGCCGGGCUGGCAGGCACACAGGCCAUCUUCCCCUUUGAAUACAAACAGCCAACGACCCCUUCCCUUGGUCAUGCCCCAUUUCCAGGCAAGAUGUGGGCUCCAGAUAGAAGCAAAAGGGUUGUCUCGGGUUUCAGCUCACAUAACCCUCCUUAACAAGCCCUAACUCAAAGCGGACAGCUUUAAACUGUGCCAGGAUCUGCAGGGAAUUUCUUCCAAAUCCCAUCACAAAGGCUUGUCAGAUUUUGUCAGAUUUGGCCAGGUGUUUGACUGCAUCCAGGUGUUGGGGAAAUGAAAACCACGAGCCCUGCGAGACCAGACACAUCAGCCGCGCUGUGGGUCUGGCGGGCGCGCCCUCCUCCCGCACCGCUGGCCAGUACUCCUCCCCGCCCUCGCCCCUCCCGCCGGCCUCCUCCCACGCCCCCCUCCCUUCUCUUCUCAGAAUGGCUUCUGGGAGGAGAAGGAUGAGGCGGGAGAGAUCAAUCUUUGAAGCCUUCCUAACAAAGAUAAAGCCAACGAUUUUCUGUCUUGUUUCAAAAGCUUUACCUCUCCCCCGCCUUGCUCGGGCCUUUCCCACAGGCCAGUGUGGAGAGCAGCAGCUCUACCACUGGAAUGAUCUAGAAGACAGCAGUCAGUUUUCUAUCCAAAUACCUUCGGACCCAGCUUCAGCCGCAGAGAGGUUUAAAAGAUGCAUUUUUGAAUCUGGCUCCCACUUGCUUCAUUUUGUGUACGCGGAAGGUGUGUAAUCACCUCCCUCCCUCCAAAAGAAAUACACUCGCUUCUUGUAUCAUUUUUUGGAGUUUUCCCUCUUGUUUAAAUACAAACAUCCUAACAAUUGCUCCAUUAAGACACCCAACCCUAGCUCAAAUGCUUGAUUUGAUAAGCCUGACCUCUGGCCCCACCACGAGUUCUUAACAGUCCUGGGUGAAGUAUUUGAGGCACCAGGUUUCCAGUUUUAUAAAGUAAUUCCCUUACAUUUAUGUCCUUAAAAUAGUGCAGUCUCCACACAACCGAAGGUUAAAUCCCUCCCUAGGCUGAAAGGGAAAAACCGAAAAGGUGCAUUUUCAUUAAUAUCACCGAAAUCACAUAAAUAUCUUCCUAAGAGAAAAACAAAUUGAAGGAAAAUUAAACAUUUGUCUAUUUGCAUAUAAUUGGUAGUUCGAAAAGACAAUUUUAUUCUCCCUGAAAUUUGGGUUUAGAGUUUUAGGAGAGGCAUUUGUUCCUGUACAAUAUGGCAAGGGGCAUGGGGAUGGAGACAUUAGAACUUUUAGGUUCUUGUCCCGGUUUUGCUACAAAACUCACCAUGUGACCUUGGAUAAGUCAUUUCCCUUCCUUGGGACCCGGUUCUGUGGCUAAAACGAGUGGGUUUGUUUCUAAGGCUCUGCGCCUUGUCUCUGCAGUCAGUAGCAGGGGGAGAGGCAAAAUUUCAAAAACUUCAAUCCUGCCUGCCCCCCACAGGUCCCUCGGGCUGGCCUAAUUAUCCGGCUCCGGGCACGCCCAGCGCUGCGAAUCUCGCCCGGAGAUAAGGCACAGCUCGGCGCUGCGGGCGCGAGCCGCCGGCAUGGGCUGCCACUUGCAUUAACUUAUCAAUGGAGACCUUUCGGGGCCUCGGCCUCCCACUGUUGCCCGCAGCAUCCGGAGCGAGAAAGGCGCCAAUCUGGAAGGGGGACCCUGCUGGGUAAAGACAAGAACCUUCUCUAAGUGGUGCGUUAAGCGCCACACGGAGGCGCGCCCUAUUCCACCCCCACGUGUUUCUGGAGUGGGGACCCAGUGGGGUUAAAUUGGACCCCCUCAUCGUCACCACCAUCCCGGGAAACCUGUCAUUAAAGUCAA